CUCGAACCAGACGCAUAGAACGCGCGAGUUACUUUCGCGUAACAUGAUUUUCGAAUUUGAACAGUUAUGAAUAUACUUAAUUACGGAGAAAUGAUAAUUUGUGAAAGCUUUUAUUUUACGUCGUUAAAAUAUAACAGCUUAACUUCAAUUAUUGUUAGAAAAAUUACAUUUUUAAGUCAUGUUACGAAUCGACCUUAAGAUAACCUCUUCACUAAUUUAUACAAAUAUCGGCAUUUCAAAAUGUAAUUAUAAAUAAUUCAUUUAUUUUGUAUACUUUGAAUAUAAUGAUGCGUACGUUCAGUGUAGUUUAUAAAAUUUUAUAUUAAACAGACAAGAUGUUACUAUUAAUUUAAACGUCAAGAAUUUUAUAACGAUAUGAUUUAAUUAAAUAUCAUCACCAUGAAUGAGGAAAGAAGUGUUGAAGAUUCUUCAUAUUUAAGUUAUGAAAUAAAUGGCACUAGAUAUAUUUUACAAACUGUAUCAGAUCCAGCUAUAGAUAUAUCAAAAGCUGUAUCAACCACUCAAGAACAAAAUACAAUUAAUCUUAUAAAUGAACCACAAGUAGAAAAAGAUGAUGAAUCAAUUUCUUUAAUUUGCUUGGAUGGUCAGGUUUAUGCGUUUCAAAAUGGAGAAUUACAAGAAUUAGAUUUUAGUCAAGUAGUAGACGAAAAUGAAUCACAAGAAAAAACAGUGUUGCUACCUAAAGAAGAUGAUAGUUGUGAACCACAGUACAUUACCAACGAAGGAUUAGUAAUUGGAAAUAUUGAUGAACAUUCUCAAGAACAGUAUGAAAUUAUUACUGGUCAAAAUGAAAAAAAUUUUAUAAUGGAGAAGCAUAAUGUAAAUGCUAAUGAUUUUGUAGAAGUUGUAACAGCAUUUAAAUGUAAGAUAUGUACUUAUACCACUCAAGACAAGACACAAUUAUUACAGCAUUUUCAGAAAACGCAUGUAAAUCCUAAAGUGGAUAUAGAGAUAAAAGAAGAAUCUAAGAUUACAGAUGAAGUAAAAUUGUUAUAUAUGUGUGGAGAAUGUUCUAAUUGCUUUCCUUCUAUUGAAGAUUGUAAAGAACACAUGAUAAAUGAUCAUCAAUUAACAGACACAGGAGCCAAUAGAGGUGGUAAAGAAAAUAUAACAGACGAUUCAAAAGAUUCUGGGUUAUUAGAGUGUAUAGGACAGAGUGUUGAAAGUAAUGAUAUAAAACGUCAAGUUAAAAUUCAAAAACCUCUAAAUUCUGAAUAUAUGCUCAACAAAAAAAUGAUUGAAUUAAUGGAAAGAAACAUAAAGUGUUCAUAUAGAGGAUGUCCCUACAAAUUUUGUACAGAGGAAACAAUGCAGCAACAUGCACUUUGUCAUACGGAAUCACAGAAUGGAACAGCAUUUAAAUGUAGCGUUUGCCGCGAUAUGAAAUUUACCAAAUGGAGACAGUGUAGCUUACAUUUAUGGAAAAAGCAUCAAAUUGACAUAGGAUUAUUUACUUGUAAAAUAUGUAAAGCAUAUAAAAGUGCAACAAUGGUCAAACUUUUAACUCAUAUGCGUGUGCAUAGUGAGACACGCGAGUAUGAAUGUUCAGAAUGUGGUAAAUGUUUUAAACAGGCCAGUCAAUUGCGUAAUCAUAGAGUUAUGCAUUUGGAUCGCAAAACAUUGGAAGUAACGCGGUGGUAUACUUCAAAAAAAUGUGAUAUGUGUGGAAAAACUUAUGCUAAUUCCAAAUGUUUGAAGAGUCAUAUUCAAGCAGUGCACUCAAAAUUGCGACCAUAUGUUUGUAAUGUUUGUGGCCAUUCUAGCGCUAGAAAAGCAAUGUUGCAAAUGCAUUUACGACAACAUACUGGUGACAAACCCUUUAGUUGUGAACUUUGCGAAUAUAAAACAGGUGAUCACAAUACAUUACGACGUCAUAUUAUGCAACACACAGGUUUUAGACCUUAUAAAUGCCCUCAUUGUUCUUAUACAGCAAUACAAAGUAGUAGUUAUAAAAAUCAUUUGAAAUCUAGACAUCCUUUACUGUCUGGUUUAUUUACAUGUGACCUAUGUCCUUUCAAAACUGUUAAAAAUCAAAGUUAUAUACAACAUGUAAGAGACCAUGAAAAGGGAUUAAUCAAAGCGAAUAUGCAAAAAAAAGAUAGUGAAAAUGUCGAAGUUUUUCCUGGUAAUAUCGCGGCGGCACAAUUGAUUUAUAGUUGCUUAGGUGCCUUUUCAAAAGUGGGCGAUACUUUAGAAGCAAAUUUAAUGUCUUCCUCAACGUCUGCAGACGGUACAUCACAAACGAUUACGAUACAGAUACCAUCGAAACAUCUUGAAGGUUCACUGCCAACAAGAGAAUGUAGAACUAAAAGUAACUCAGCAAUUGAACAAGAAGAUGAAGAAACAAUGCAUUGUUUUUUAAAAAUUCCAAGGGAAGAGGAAGAAAGUAUAGACACAGGUGGUAUAACUAUACCUGCAGAACCUGAGGAAUCAGGCGCAACAACUAUUAACGUUGAUACAUGAAAUACGGAAUAUUAAGUUGCUAAUUAAAAUAUUUCUGUAUAUUUGAAAACACCUAGAAAUUUAUACUUCAAAGUAAAUGAAGAAAUGCUAGUCACGCGUUACUUAGAAGCUAAUUAUUCAUAAAACAUGAGAAGCUCCUUUUUUUAAGCAACUGAUGUGGAUCUUCCCGGAAAUUACACCUCGUAUCACAACUAACAGUCUCUGGGCAGUUCGCCAUAAUAAGCUGUUAAAGCUAUUAGCUUUCU